AUGGAAUUAGGGGAUAAGAGCUUGGAGGCACUUGCGUUGAGGAAGGAAGCAGAGAGUGAGUUUGAGAAGGGUGAUUUCGAGGGAUUGCUCGUCAGUACCUCUCAUCACUUGCAGCAGUUCAUGGCUUCCUCUUCUUCUUCUUCCAUUACUCCUAAUCUAGAGUAUGAGGUUUUCCUUAGUUUCCAUGGUGUGGACACCCGAACAAACAUUACCAGCCAUCUGUAUGAAGCCUUCUGUCAGAAAAAGAUUAAAACUUUCAUUGAUGACAGCCUUGUCAGGGGAGAAGAAGUUUCUCCAUCUCUUUUGAGGGCAAUUGAACAUUCAAAGAUCUCGGUUAUCAUUUUCUCUAAAGGCUACGCUUCCUCCAGAUGGUGUCUCAAAGAACUUGAGGAGAUUGUUGAAUGUAAGAACACGUAUGAUCAGAUCAUAAUACCAGUCUUCUAUAACGUAGAUCCAUCUGAUGUCAGGAAUCAAUAUGGGGAUUUUGGGAAAGCAUUUGCUGAGCUUGAAAAGCGUUUUAUGGAUGAUUCAGAGAUGUUGCAGAGAUGGAGGACUGCUUUGAGGGAUGCAGCCAACAUUUCUGGUUAUGAUUCAAAGAACUCCAGGAAUGAGGCAUCAUUGGUAAAGGAUAUUGUCAAUGAUGUAUGGAAAAAAUUGGAUUACAACUCCAUAGAUAUUCUUUCCAAGGACCUAGUUGGACUAGAGUCAUCAAUCGAAGAGAUCGGAAAUUUGUUAUGUACAAAGGGUGUUCGCAAGUUAGGAAUUUGGGGCAUCGGGGGCAUAGGAAAAACUACUCUUGCUGAUGCUAUAUUUAAAAAAAUCUCUGAACAGUUUGAAAUGUCUUACUUUAUUCUGAAUAUUAGAGAAGAAUCAGAGAAAUGCAAGGGAUUAAAUGACUUAUGCCAAAAACUGAGUUGUGCAGUUCGAGGGGGUGAACAUCGCAAUCAUGGAUUCACCUUCACAAGAAAAAGUCUCAUUGGCAGAAAAAAAGUUCUUAUUGUGUUUGAUGAUGUAACGAAGUUAGAACAAAUAGAAUGUUUAAUGAGAGUUUUUGAUAACUUGGAUUCAGAAAGUCGAAUCAUCAUAACGACAAGGGAUAAACAUGUGCUAACAAAUUGUAAAGUGGAUCAUAUUCAUGAGAUGGCAGGGUUAUCUUCUCAUAAUGCUGUUCAACUUUUUGCCCUAUAUGCCUUUAAUGGAAACCCUCCAACAGAAGAUUAUAACAUUUUAUCAUCUAUAAUAGUAGCUUAUGUUAAGGGUGUUCCACUAGCUCUUAAAGUUCUAGGAUAUAAAAGAGAUCUCAUAGAAGCAAUCUUGAAUGCUCGUGACUUCGACUCUCAUAUUUCUCUACAUCUUCUCAUUGAAAGGUGUCUCAUAACUACAUCAUCUGACACCAUAACAAUGCAUGAUUUACUUGAAAAAAUGGGUAGAGAAAUUGUUCGGCAAGAAUCAAUUGAUGAUCCUAGUAAACGUAGUCGGUUGUGGGAUCACGAUGAAAUCGUUUCAGUAUUGAAGAAUAAUAUGGGAACUAGAGCAAUUCGAAGCAUACGUUUGGAUAUGUCUAAAGUAGAAGAGUUGCAUUUAGAUCCUAAAGCUUUCAACAACAUGCAAAACCUAAGAUUCUUGGAAUUUUAUGGGUCUGAACAUGGAAAGAAUCUGUCUGAAUCUGAUUUCUUUGCAUUGCACCUUAACUUUAGAUUCUUGAAAAAAAAUAGCUCCAAGGAUGGAAAGAAAGUGCAUGGUUUUGAGAAACUUAAGUCUGAUUUCUCCGAGCUAAGGUAUUUUUGCUGGCAUGGAUAUUCUGCCAAAUCAUUGCCACCAAAUUUUAAUCCAAAGAACCUUAUUGCACUUUAUAUGCAUAAUAGCAAAGUUAAACAACUUUGGACUGGUAACCAGAAACUUGUUAAUUUGAAGCAUAUUGAUCUCAGUCAAUCUAAGCAUUUACGCAGAAUAAAGGAUUUUUCACUUAUGCCAAAUCUUGAGAGCCUGAUUUUUGAAGAUUGUACAAAUUUGCUCGAGAGUUUCUCAUCUAUCCCUAGUCUCCGUAAACUUGUUAUCCUUAAUCUACGUGGAUGCAAAAGCUUUGAUAAUCUUCCAAUUAGUGUUCAUUGGCAAUCUCUUCGAGAAAUUAAUCUCUCUAAUUGCUCAAAUCUCAGAACAGUUCCGUGUCUCCUAGGUACUGUUGACGAGUUAUAUCUAGAUGGAACUGCAAUAAAGGAAUUGCAAUCAAUAGAGCAUCUAUUUAAACUAGAGAAAUUGAGCCUUAGAAAAUGUUCAAGGCUUGAAAGGUUACCAGAGAGUAUUUGUGAGUUAAAAUCUCUUAAAUGUCUUUAUCUCUCAGGUUGUUCGAAAAUUGACAGAUUGCCUAAUAACCUAAGAAAUUUAACGACUCUAGAGGAACUUGAACUAAAUGGCUUUGCUUUUGCUGAAACACCAACGUUUAUGACAAGUUUAUCUGUCUUUCAAAAAAUGAAAAUGCUAAACCUGGUUGAUUGUUGUAUCGAUGUGUUACCCAACAAUAUUGGUCAAUUACUCUCACUAGAAUUUUUACAUCUUGACCAAAACAAUUUUGAGAGCCUACCUGUGAGCAUCAAAGACCUCUCUAACCUGCGAGAGCUUUCUUUUAGCAAUUGCCAAAGGCUUAGAUCCACACCUGAGCUUCCACCCAAGUUAGAAUCUAUACAAGGAAAUAAUUGCAAAUCACUAGAAUCGAUAUCAGGUUUACCGGCUUUAUGCCAAAUUCAGUGGGGUCGGCGGAGAAUCAGCUUCAUCAAUUCUUUCAAACUAAAAUUAGUGAUAACAGAGGCUCAGUUGAAUCUUGACAGAAAUGCAAUUAUGUGGGAUCGCUCUGAAUGCUCUUUAACGGAAGAAGAGGCACCUGUUAUAGAGUCGUUACUUGGAGUAACUGGUGCUGCACGGUCAGAGGAUAUGCCACAUGGAACAUUCCUGCCUUCUAACAAGUAUGAACAAGAAGCAGGUAAACCUUUGGAUAAGAUACAAAGACGUCAUGCACCAAAUUGUGAGGGUGCUCAUAAAAGCCGAUUGCAGAAAAAGUUAUGCAGUUCCUGUUGCAUAUUGAACACUACUUUUUGUCAUUUCAUGUCCUUGGCAUUCAACAAAAAGUCCUCACCAAGGUUUGUGCAGGAAUUGCAGCGUUUGAGAAUGGAGUAUGGACACUGGGUUGAAGAGCAAACAAGUCAAAUUUGUGAAAUGAGAUACAAAGACGGCUUUCCAGUAGUUCCUGUUCUUAUAAAUCACUACUUUUUGACAUUUCAUGUUUUUGCAAUCAACAAAAAGUCCUCACCAAAGUUUGUGCAAGAAUUGCUGCAUUUUAGAUGGAGUAUGGACACUGGGUUGAAGAGCAAACAAGGCAAAUUUGUGAACAGAGUGAAGAAGAAGCUAAGAACAAUGGAGCACAGCAGCAGUAAGUUGCAUAGCAGCAAGGGAGAGGAAAAUAUUCUAGCUAGCAACAAAGGAUUGGAGCAAUUGGGAAACCAAAAUGUGCACGGGCAUUUUGAGGCAAUAAGGACACAUGGCACUAUGAAGAGAGAGGGGCAAUUGGCGAGGAACAAAAAGGAUGGAAAUUAG